GUCCACUUCCUCUCUGCACUUUGUUUACGUUAUUUGGCGCGGAACUUCGUACCAGACUUAGCCGUGCGUUAUUAUCGCGCCUCAGCUGUUCGCGCAGAUUUUAGUUAUAACUAUGUAAUUACCACAAGUUUAUUUGCAUGCAUUAUUAACACCACCCGCUGAAGUGGUGCUGCGGCAUUUCCGUUACAGUAAAGUUAGCAUGCUUAGCUAGCCGGCUAACUCUUUAGAUAGUUUCUUUUGGUUUUUCUGUUUGGUUUUUGUACUUAAAAGACCAACUCGUACAGGUCAGACUCUAGGAAGGUCAGACACUGAAACUAACAAAGCUGCACGUAGACAUUGGCUGAAUAUGAGCUGAGAAUGGCAGGACGAGGGCGCGGCAGAGGACGAGCUCAGCUCAGUUUUCCUGUGGAGGCAGUGGGAAUAGGCAAAGGAGAGAACCUUCCACCUUCCACUGUCCAGCCUACACCACUGUUUCCUCCCUUGGAGCACAAGCCAGUGCCAUUACAGACAGGAGAAGAAGCAGAAUAUAUGCUAGCUCUGAAGCAGGAGUUCAGAGGAGCCAUGAAGACUCUGCCUUUCUACAUACGACCUGCUGCUCCCAAGAAAGAUGUGGAGCGUUACUCUGACAAAUACCAGAAUAUAGAACCAUCUGACAGCACCAUUGAAUGGAGCCCAGACUGGAAGCGCUUGCCGAAGGAGCUGCGUGUUCGGGUGAAAAGGCCUCCGAGUGAGAGAACCUCAGUCAUUUCCAAAAUCACCAAACCACCACAAGUGGACAAAGAGAUCAUCCGCAAGCUGGAGACACUGGAGAAAAAAGAAGAGGAGGUGAGUUCUGAUGAAGAAGAAGGCGAGAAGAAAAAAACAGAGGAUGAAGAAGCAGAGGGGGAGGAGGAGUAUGAUGAGGAAGAGUUUGAAGAGGAGACAGACUAUAUCAUGUCAUACUUUGACAAUGGUGAGGAUUUCGGGGCAGACAGUGAUGACAAUAUGGAUGAGGCUGUUUACUGAUGUCGAACUGCAAAGCCACAAAUGAUAAGCUGAGUCAAUCUGAAUCCUCCCCGCAUUAAGGACUGGCUGGAUGGCUGAUGGUUCCUUUGGGCAGCUGAGUUUGUUAUACAGAAACACAUGGAAUUCCCUUCACCAUGAGGUUGGACAUAAUAUACAUUAGACUGCUUUUAUAAAUGAAGUGCAACCUUAGGGUGGAGUGCAUCAAUCCUGAAACGCUGUAAAAUAUAAUCUUCACUCACUUAGUUGAUUUUUACUUAAAUGUCUGUUUCAUGAAAAUGUAACACAAACCCAUUACCUUGUUUGGAUGAAUUGGUUGAAUUCAACACAUUGUUAAUAUAAGGUAAGAAAACAGUUUAUUCAGCACCAUAGAUUUGACCAAUCAUAUUUCAGACUGAGAUUUCGCAGUGUAUGAAAAUACAUACAGUACAUUACAGAUGUUCUAAAGCGAACUGUAGCCAGGUAGGCUGAUAUCUGUAUAUUUUGUUUCUCAUUAAUAGUGACAUUUUGGACUAGUUUUAGCAUUUGUAUUGUAAUUUUUAAUUGUUACCCAGAAAAAAAAGGAGCACAAUUUGUAUACGUUUUAAAGUUUUAUACAAUGUAGUUAUUUGAAUAUUAAAUGUAGUAUUUUGCUAACAUCUGGGCUGAUUACUGAGUACAAUCAGUAGCUGGUUCCAAUACAACACUUAUUAUAAGUAAGUCUGAGAUAGUGUAAUUGUUUUCUCUUGCUGUAUUAGUAAUAAACACCUGUGUAUCA